CAAGGCCAGUCACAGGCAGCUGAAAUCAUAAAGCCAACUUGAGAUCUUUGAGAGAGAAUCAAGGAGGGUUAGGCAAAGAUGUCAGGAAGAGGAAAGGGAGGUAAGGGAUUGGGAAAGGGAGGAGCCAAGAGGCACAGGAAAGUUCUUCGUGAUAAUAUCCAGGGUAUCACGAAGCCUGCGAUUCGUCGUCUGGCUAGGCGUGGGGGAGUCAAGCGUAUCAGUGGUCUCAUCUACGAGGAGACCAGAGGCGUUCUCAAGAUCUUCCUGGAGAACGUGAUUCGUGAUGCUGUGACAUACACCGAGCACGCUCGCCGCAAGACUGUGACUGCUAUGGAUGUUGUGUAUGCUUUGAAAAGGCAGGGACGCACUCUCUAUGGGUUCGGUGGUUAAGGGAAUCUGGGGAUUGUAUGGACUAGUGAUCGAUUUAGGGUUUUUAUGUGUUUCUUGUGUUUGUGGUUUGAUAGGCAUUAGGCUUCAGCUUUACAAAUAGUGGUAGAUAUCUGGUUCCUCUACUUGCAAAACGUCAUGUAUCUCUCUGUUGAUACUUGUUCUAUAUGAAACCCUCUUAUUGCUUCGUA